AGUAGUAGUAGUAGUAGCAGCAGCAGCAGCAGCAGCAUGUGGUCGUCAACUGCUGCUGUGUGAGCUGCGACUACAGCAAGUCAGUGAGUAGCGCAGACAAUAAUGUCUCGUCAGUCGUUGGCCCGCCAUUUUCAGCAGUUUCUGAGUACUACGUUGGUCCCCUCUGCAAGUCUAGUGACCACCGCAACAGUAACGAACGGGAUUAAAGACGACGCAGCCGUUCUGGACUACAACUUACUACAAGAAAUAAAGGAUCGAAAGGGUAAUAUCAACAAAGCUGCAGGCACUCCGCUAGCUUAUGCUACCAAGGAGAGCUACAAUCGACUCGCUGUGAUCACUUUUCGUUCUCGUCUCGAUUUACUGCGGCCAGAAAGGAGUCGUUAUCCACUUCGAACGGGGCCAUUUCUGCUCGCCUCCGUAGCAGAACGAACAUCCGAAGCUGGGGCUAUUACUGCACCGAGACGGGUGGAGCAACGACCGCCAAAGCGACCAAAGUCGACAUCGUCGUGUUCAUGUAGCGGCAGCACAGUAACCCAAACAGUAAAAAUUUCCACUGCCGACUUCCACUGCGCGAAAACCUGAGCUUUCGUCGGCAAUUUGCCAUUGUUGUCAUUGUGCUUUUCUAUCCUGGAGAUCAUAGCAGUAUUGAAAGCAACGCAAAUAGGGAUACGGUUCCUGCGACCGCGGACAGCAUCGUUGCCGAUACUGACCAGCGGUACCGUUCUACCCGACCCACUGCCCGCGCGCUUUGCAUAGCUCUAUCUGCAGUUACUGGCGUUCGUUCCAUUACCGCCAGCUCUACCGGUAGUUACUGCUGCUGCUGCUGCUGCUGCUGCUGCUGCUGCUGCUGAAACGAACAGCUGCGGCGGGGUGCUCGUGAUCGCCCUGUCGCAACACGUACCGAUCCUAGUAGCGCAGAGCGCUCGGAUUCAGAGUCAGGCUCAGGUGCGGGUCAGGUGGCGGCCGAUACUGGCCACAUCAAUAUUGCUAAAACAGUAUCAGCAGCAGCAGCAGUAGCGGGCGUGACUACGUUUGCUGGUGCCAGCAGCCACAUCAGUUCUAGUCGAAGUUGUUUCACUGCCAGCGAACUUGGUCGCGGCGUUAUUGGCGGUGACGCCGUCGACCGGACACGGCGCUGCUUCUAGUCUAACCAGCGCGGCGACUAUUGCGGCCAUAUCGAGAGUGAGCAGUUGUCUCUACGGCCGUCGCAAUAGCUACUGCUGCUGCUGAGGUCGCUACCGCAGAGACACGACAGUGUGACUGACGGCGGCAACGGCAACGGCAACGACAACGACGGGUCUCCGCUACUCUCGCAGCCGCCUCUGCGGGAAACCGUACUCGUGGGAGCAUAGUCGGUCACGACUAUCGAUGCGACCAGUGAAUACAAGACUGGCGUAAUCGCGCAGCUGACCCAUCGCCAGAAGACCUGCAAGCAGGAGGAUCCAAGGACAAGCCGCCGAUGGCGACCCGCAGUGACAACGCCAAUCGCGAGAGAGCAAAAACGAGAAAAAACCGAGCGAGUGAACGAGCUAACAGGCAAUUGCGUAACAGGCAACAGCAGUAGCUGCAGAGAAUGCGCAACGACGAGAUUGCUUUGGCCCGACCAGCCCCGUUGGCGUGUGCAGAGUCGCACCUUAUCGAGAGAAGCUCCUGAGAAAGCAACUGACUGAGCUGGUUUUCACUAGUAAUUAUUACUACUAUUUUUUUUGACCAUUGUUACUGUGGCUGUUGGCGACGGUGCUCGCGGUGGCGCUACGAGGGUGUAAGCGUAUCAGGAGUGAAAAGUAGCUGACACAGAGACUGCAUUGCGGGUCAAAGGGGGUAACCGAAACUGAAGUUCGGCGUUCACAACAAACAAGUCGAAUAAUGAUAGAAAAAAAAAAACCGAAAGAAAAAUAAACUAAGCAGCGGGUGAUCUUCGCGAUAUGUGAUUAGCUGAGGUUCGCCGUUUUGAGCUAAGAUGAUAAAAAGCGGUAUGAUUUCGCUUGUGGAUCCAUCUAUCUAUCUAUCUAUCUAUCUACGAUAUCGUAUCGCCGUUAUACCCUUCGCGCGCGAUAUUGUGAUGAUGAUCUACUGCGACGCUGAGUGGCCACGCGGCCUCAUUGAUCAAUCAAUCAGCAGCAGGAGCUCUAGAAACGUCAGCAGUCCCCGAAUGCUACAUGUAAAUUGAAAAGAGGAGACCUUCAGACUGUCAACUGGCUGGCAUCCGAGGCUUUAUCAAGAAAUUGAGUAUGGCGCAGUAUGCGGUCGCGCUGAGCCGGUUGUGAAUGUGUCUGCAUGUGUGAGUGUGCGCACCUCCCUAGUUAUUGUCUAGUAAAACAAGCGGAUAAAUAGAAGAUUAGCGCUUCUUGUCAUCAGCAUCGACGUCUGACAGCGAAGUGGAGUGCGCCGUUACUCAGUCAACCUGUUCAUAGUUGGUGGGUCAGUUAUUAAUUGAAGAGCGCAUUGGGCAUCUCCGUCGUUCGGUCCCCCCAUAAUUGUGUAUCAUAUUGAGGAUCUAUCUACAUAUAUUCAGCUAUAACAUUAUCUACUACUACGAUCGUAGAUCUACUAGUGCGAUUAUGUAAUGUGCAUUACAUAGUUAGUUGGUGGCGUGAAUUUGUGAGUCCUCACUCAGUUAUUCGUAUAUAUAUAUAAUCAAGUUGUGUGGCAUAUGUGCCCCCGAGUGAUGCGCAGUGAGUCUAUGACAAUACACCUCCUAUUAACUAUAACCCCGGGGUAACGUGUAUCUCGACCGACUAAGUAGUCAGCCAAGGUGAUCUGUGUACGGCCCAGCUUAACUACGGACGGGCGUAGCUCUCUAGAACCGCUGCUGUUAUCGUAUCGUCCAUCAUCACCAGCACAGUGUAACCGCAAAAGAGAAAUGACCGCCUCAGUCGCCUGGGUGGUUCGGUGGACACAAUUUGUGCUAUUUCUUUCGUUGUCUGGGGUAACACGGGGUCAGCACAUGUUCUGCCCUGCUCUCUGCACCUGCCUCGAGGAGUUCGUCGACUGCAGUCGCAAAGGGCUCACCACCGUUCCUCAGGAUCUGCCCAGCUGGACCCUACGUUUGGAAUUACUACGCAAUAAACUUACCCGAAUCUCGACCGACUCUUUCCUUAUCGUCAAGUCGCUACAAUCCCUAAAUAUUAGCUAUAAUCAAAUCUCUGAAGUUCACCCUGAAGCAUGGACGCACACGCCCCACCUAAAAGUCCUUCGUAUGUCAAACAAUUCCCUAACGGAAAUUCCCGAAGGUUUGUCGCGUCUCCGCGAGCUUGAAGAGCUUAUUCUUAAUGCGAACGAAAUCUCGCUAGCUUCUCUGCGCUCUGGUUUUGCAAGUAAUGAGUCAGAUCAACCUUCUGGCGAUUCCGUCACCCUUGUAGAGCACCCUCUACCGCACUCUUUGCUUGCGCUCGAUCUCAGCUUAAACCGUCUUGGAGCUAUUGAGCCUCGAUGGUUCGGACGUCUUAGUCGCUUGCAAUUACUUAACUUACAAAACAAUCGUAUCACAUUGAUCGAGCGGAACAGCUUAGACAACCUGACUUCACUGCGCUCGUUAAACCUCAGUAGGAACAGGCUGACCAAGCUACCAAAGGACCUCUUCAGAAAAACCAUUCAGCUCAAGAAAAUAGACCUUAGCCGCAAUCAGCUUCAGAUGAUCGAAGGCUUAACUUUUCAAUCGCUUGAACAUCUCGAAGUGCUGAACCUUCGAAAGAAUCGGAUAUCGGUGCUCUCGGACGGUGCCUUCUAUGGGCUGAGCAACAUUCAGCAACUGCACCUUGAAUUCAAUAACAUUCCUGUCGUAUCUAAGGCGUGGCUUUACGGCCUUCAUUCGCUACGUCAGCUAUUCGUACAAAAUAAUUCAAUCGUACAGGUCGUACCGGAUGCCUUCGAGUCGUGCAAAAAACUUCAGGAGGUCAACUUGGAGAACAAUCGGAUCGAGGCAAUCCAAAAGGGAUCUUUUCUACACUUGGCAUCUAUCCAGACCAUUCAGUUAAGCUCUAACCGUAUUGGCUUCAUUGAAGAUUCAUCAUUCAAGACCCUAAGUAGCCUCCAAACACUUGAGCUCAACAACAAUGAGUUGCAGUGGGCCGUCGAGGAUACGAACGCGCCCUUUAUAGGCUUGUCCAAGCUCACGCGCCUCGGGUUAGCGAACAACUCAAUACAGGCACUUCCUUCAAGGGCAUUCGCUGGCCUGUCUAAGGUCCGUUCGCUCAAUCUCGAUCUCAACCCACUGUCGGCCAUCAAUCAGGAGGCAUUCCGGGUGCUUAAAAGAAUCUCCGAACUGCGACUUAACACGACCGCGCUUCUUUGCGACUGCGGCCUUAGUUGGCUUCCGGAAUGGUUGCGAAGCGUCGGUGUUGAACGCCAUAUCGUAGCCCGCUGCGCUUUCCCGCUCGAGCUGAAAGGUCGCGACGUCUUGUCGUUCGGGCCAAGCUACAACUGGUCCUGUGGUGUAUUUUCGAAACCGGAGAUUCUCGAGUCACCACAGAGUCCUCUGCUAGCUCUAAAAGGGCGGAAUGUAACAUUAUCCUGUAAAGCUACAAUGAAUACAACAGUUGGCGCCGAGCUGAUCUUGUUCGACUGGCGUAAAGAGAACCGAAUCUUACGCUCGUCAGAUGCUUCUUUGCUAUAUACUGGUACUUCUUCUACCUCGGAGAUUUCGUCUCCGCCAGCGUCAGCGAGCGGUCGCUCACUCGAGACGUUUGCCAAUACUGAUCCAGCAACAAAUAGGACAGUGUUCACGUCACGACUGCAGCUUUUCUCAGUAGUCGAUGGCGACGAGGGCAAAUAUCAAUGUAUAGCUCGAAACCGUUUCGGGUCGUCGUAUUCAAAUCGAAGUCGGGUGUCUGUGCACGUCUUCCCGACGUUCACGAAGAAACCGCCCGCACGCAUGACGGCGGUGGCGGGAGACAGCGUCGUGCUAGAGUGUGCUGCCAUUGGCCAGCCCAAACCGGUGAUCUCGUGGCAGAAAGAUGGAGGAGACGAUUUUCCCGCGGCAAGGGAGCGCCGCAUGCAGCUGAUGCCGAGUGACGCAAUUUUCUACAUCGAAAAACUCAAGACUGCCGACCAGGGCGUGUACACGUGUACGGCGAACAACUCCGCCGGCCCCGUCAGAACAAACGUGACUCUCACUGUCAACGCGACUCCUCAAUUCGUUCGUCCGAUGGUGUCAAAAGAUGUCCACGAGGGAGAAACCGCCGUUAUCGAGUGCCUGUCUGAAGGCAAUCCCGCGUCGCGGCGGAGAUGGUACAAGGAUGGUUUGCCGCUUCAAGAAACCCAGCGAUACCUAUUGGCAAAGGAGGGUGAAGUGCUACUUAUUAUGCAAGCUGGGCCGGCUGAUGGGGGCCGCUACGCCUGCGAAAUCUCUAACGACGCGGGCUCACAGCGUCAAGUAUCACAGCUCAACAUUGCUCCAGCGCCUGGACAGGGUGCAACCGCAUUUCUUUGGCCAGCCUUUUUUGAUAAGCUUAACACGCUUGGCAUUGUUGUUAUUGCCGUAGUGAUCUGCGUGAUCAUAACGUCGCUCAUUUGGGUGGUUAUCCUGCUAAGCACUCGAAAGCGUCUUCGGGUUGAUAAAGAUGACCCUGAGGGACCCACGGGCCGUAACAGCCGACGAUACUCAGGCGGCGUUACACAGUCGGUCUACGGCGGGAGCUGUUCAGCUGACGAAGAUGAUAGCGUCAGCAUGUUAGGCGUAAUGCAGCCGAUUCAUCCGGUGCACACGGAGCCUGGAAUUGGCCAUGGGGUAAACGCUCGCCUACUUGUCGAUGAUACGAACCGCACAAUUGUCAACCUGGCUUCCGGCCGGGCCUACUUCAUGAAAGAACAGAGCCUGAACAAUGAUGAUGACGAAGGCAUUUCCUCGGGAGGUUCAAGCUCGACGUCUCACCAUGCGACGCCCGCGCAUGGCCAGGUCAUGAACGGGACGUCCGUCGUGCACCGUGUGAGUACGUUCCAGCCCGAGCCUCCAACCGGUCACGGUGCGUCUCGUCAUAGUUCCAGCAGCUUAGCUAGUGUCGAUGUACCGCCAAAUGGCGCUGGUGGAGGAUUAGCAGACGAAGCUCACUACACGACUCAGGGUUCUCCGCAUCCCUCACCCAAACCCGCGGUGCCCCGCAAACCGCCCCACCUAACGCCCCAGCCUUCGAAAAAGUUACAGGAUCAGCUUUUGCUUCGGCAGAGGCAACAGCAGCAGCAACAAAAUAACCAGGAUAAUCAACUACUGCACCGUGAUAGUUGUGGAGAGGCACUGGACGCUGAGGAUCCAGAACUCAUUGAAAUCUCGCACAGAUGUCAAAAGACUCUAAGCCAGCGGAGCAUCAAUGGACAGCUCCGGAAGUCGACUCUGACGCCGAGUCGGCUCCACCUCGAUGUCAGCUCAUACAUGGACUCUCCCGACAUGGUCCUUGGUGGCAGCGUUACCCCUACGGCCACGAUUCGACGGACUCCUGGCCCACGGUCGCCAUCGCCCAGCGCCGUUGUGCCCGUGCCCCCGCCCUGUAUCCCGGGGCCGUUCUGUUACGAAAGCGGACUCCAGGAGGCGCGGGAUGCGAAGGGCCAAGGCUCGCUAGGAGGCCCGAAAAGUCGUCCCGCUACCCCCAAACGCACUACGGCCUCAGCUACCGUCAUUGAGCCAUCGGAGGAGCAACGAAGCCUCAAGCCAUUCAGUUAUGGCAAUCCGUUUGAAGGCAAAACACCGAAAUUGUUGAGGAAUCGGUCCGUUGGAGGUGACGAGGACGGAACAAACGGCCUGAAACAACAGCAGCCUGCAACAACGCAAGAACAGCAACCGAAAACGUCGACGCCUAUGCGGUCGCAAACUCCAAAGAGAAGUGUUGACCUUCUCGAUAGGUCAACAGACGAUGCCCUCAAACUCAACGGGGGAUUAGUUUCACCUACGGGGAAAUCACUGAAUACGUUGGCCGCCGGCGAUACUGCAAGCAAUCAACAGCAGCAACAGCAACAGGGUCCACCCAAAAGAGCGCCACCUCCACCUCCACCCCCUCCGCCGCCCAUGUCGAUCCCUACGCCGGCAUCCAGGUCCCCGCAACAACCCCAGCAGCCAAGUCAAUCUAGUCAAUUUUCAUCCACUUCCGUCAUUGUAUAAAGAAUUUAAAUAUUAAACACGAAAAUAUGUUGAACGAGUUUGCAGAGCAAGAUGCUGAGAACCUAUGGAAAAAGGCUAUUAUAUAUUAUAAAAACAUGUAGAGAUAAGAGAGAAGAUAAACCAGUAAAAACAACCCCACUCAGAUAUUAAUCAGCUUAAUCGAUCGUUGUAGCUUUGACAAGGUUUCUUGCGAGAAGCUAACAGCUGAAAUAGAUCGAAAAGCAGAAUCAACAACAACAACAACAAUGACCUUCAAAUCCUCAAUGGAACGGAAACUGAAAAUGAAAAGUUGUUAGUAGUCAUACAAGUUCCCUUCAUAAUGAUAAUAAUAAUAAUUAACGAAACGGAAUGAAAGCAGAGGACGCCUUAAUUAUUAUGGUGGUAAUCAUGAUUGAAAAGAGAGACGGAGACGAUGAACGUACCGUUCGCACCGAUGAAAAAUGGCGGAAAUGUUAGCACAGGAAUGAAACGCCGAUAAAGAAAUAGAUAAAGAGGCGAUGCCUGGCGGAUCGAUGAUAAAUACGUCGGCUGACUAUUUGGGUAACAGCAACAGUUACAGCAACGACUGCAUCGCUAUGAUUGAGUAAAAUCAGUGUUUCGGUGUUUUGUUGAGCGAUUCGCAUAACUGUUUUAGGCAUUGUAAAGGCAGACACCGAAUCGCACGAAUUCGAAGCCUCCCGAAGAACUACUGUGCCUGGACGAAAUGUGGGACGUGCGGCAAUUCGCCUGGCGGCCUGAAGUACGUCAAUUUGGUUGCAGAGGAGAAGGUUCGUAUCGAAUGCCGCUUGUUUCGAUGCAAACUGGAAGUAUGCUUCCUUCCAUGACACUUAUCGUACGUAGAUAUAAAAAAGCGAAAGAAACGCAGUGUGCAGCUUAUAACAAACAGAACCGGAUCAUGGUAAAGGUUGCUGCAUUAUGAGGCGAUGAUCAAAUAUCAAUUCGGGCAGAUAGUACCAUGGGGUGCAGUCGUAAUGUUUAUUUUAAUCAUCAAAAAACUAAACGCAUAAGAAAAAUCCGACGAAUAUAAAAUAACAACAACUUGAAAAGGUUAGCGUAGGCCAAUUUUUCAUACCCCUCAGAUGAAGUCGAACUGCGUGCCCGUUCAUGAUGGCCGUUACCCCACAAAAAGUCUGGGAAGAACCAAUACGACUUACAAUAGCCGAAAACAAUAAUAACAGCGAGAGAGAGAGAAGGCGAGAGAUGGUCUAGGAUUAAAUCAAAAAGACAAACAACUAUUAUGUUGAUAUUGUACAUACAAUGUAUUAAUAGAUGAACAGAUCUAUACGGCGGCUUUUACCUAAACGAAUUGGUAAAGCAAAAGCAGGCAGGAUGCGAUGAUUAUUUACUGGCGGCAGUGAAAAUAUCAUCACUGACCAUAAUAAAUUAAGUAUUGACCACAAAAACAAGAAAUCAUACGACUGAGUCAGUGACGAACAAUGAGACAAUGAAGAACGAAGUAACUUAAAUAGUGUUGGCUGUAAUAGCAGUAAAAUGGGAGUUGUUGGCAAAAAUUAAGUGACGCCUUACCCACGACUUAAUGAAGAUAAUUAUGAUAUAUAACUCCGGUUACUCGCUACUGAACAGCUUGCGUACAUGCUCCUCCUACGCGUGUCAGGUAAAGUUAUCGGCCCCAUAGCCAAUCCUCCCCGUCUGUCAGAUCUCAUUAAAAAACCUCAUUAGGGAGCAGCAAGAAGCGAACAAGCAACAACAGAGACAAUAAUAGGGGCAAGAAUAAUAACAAUAGAACUACGAGUAACUCAACAAGUAGUAACAGCGGUCAUGGAAAGUAUUAUUGAUCGUUCUUGAAGGGACAUAUUUUUAGCAAGAGGAGCAGGGAAAAAAAGGGGAAACUGAGAGUAUCAAACACAUUGAAAGCAAAAUACUAUAUAUUUGAGAAAACAGAUAAUAAGGCCGUGUACCUCUGUGACCUUAACCACAACCUGUCAUGUAUCUGUCUAAAAACUGACGAAAUAGCGUUGCCAUUUAGGUAUUGUUAAUACUUUCCGUGCGAAAGCUGAACAGGAGUUGACAAUAGUUAUUACACACUCUAAAUAACCUGUAUGAAACUCCAAAGCAGCAGAAAACAAAAAAAAAACAAGCUGGCAAUAAGCAAAACAAGAACACGAUCAGAAAACAGUAUGACAACAAUAAUAUUCGUAUAUAUAUUUAUUGAAUUGAAACCAGUGUGAAACCCUGGACAGGGAUAUAGUAAGUGCGAGAAAAAUAGACAGCAAAAGUAAUAGAGCGAAUGUGCAACGUUAACACAUGUUAAAAUAUAUAGAGCUAUAUACAAUUUGUUAAUAAAUCAAUAAUGAUGAAACUCAGCGAUCACUGGGGCGAAACAAUGGCGAUAGCAGAACAAUAAUCAGAGAUGGGAAAGCUGAAAAAAAAACAGAGUGAACUUUGCAUUCAUACCCCAGACGUCACCGUUGACGCGACUCGAAACUGUAGAUGUACUUUUCGCGUGUGACCCACACUUCUGGGUCGCCUUGGUUGCCCACUUUCCGAAUGUCUGCAUUGUUUUGAAACGACGAACAAACACGUCACACAUACAUAGAUACCGACGGAUGUUGAAUACGACAAAUAUGUCUAGAUGACGUCGUCCCGAAUUCUCAUGAUGGCAGUGACCCUACGUACAGUGGUAACGGCAAAAUCAGAUUGUCUCAAAUGAGCUUUGGCAUAUUAUUGAACACUGAUUCUAAACGUGAAAGCUGAACAUGUGAGUGAGACGACAUAGUUCGAUUUCAUUCCGUUAAAGGCAUAAUCACGGCAAACAACCAGUUUGAGAUGAGGUAUAAGUGAUGAGAGAAUAUUGCAUGAAACGGUACGAGAGUCGAUGUGUUACACAUACAAAAAGAAAACGUCUAGUAUCUGUAUAGCAGAUUCGCCGUGGUGAUGGCAGUAGUACUAAUACUGGUGGUAGAAGUAGUAGCAGUUGUGGUAAUGGUGGCUAGCGAUAUAAGAUAGAGCAGUUCAAAGCAUUCCCCCUCUCCUUGGGAUAUAUCUAACUGUCUUAUAUACAUUUUAGUGUAUUUCGAAAAAGUCCUUAGUUGAGCAAACAAUACCUUGCCUAUUUAGUGUAAUGGUAAACAAAACAAUUAAAGACAACUAAAGAUCUGCUAUCAUAUUCUAUACAGAAAUACAGGGUAGUGGCACACAGGAAGACUCACUAACAAAUAUACGUCGUUAACGUAAUCAGCCUUAAUCAGACCCCACGUAAUCCCUAGAAGGCCUACCCUUACAGAACCAUAAGAUUGUGGAUAGGGCGGUAUAAAGAUACUUUCCUAGCGAGGUUCCUUCUAAGUGAAGUGCUAUACUAACCAUGUCUACGCCAUCUCUGAAUUGCCCUUACAAGAGCUAUUCUGAAGGAAAUACAAUCCGACUGCGUCACUGACACACGGCAUUCGCUGUUAGUAUAUAUUAUUA